ACCUGAGCCUUCGUCAGGACAACAAGGGUACCAACGAGUUGCGACCGUAGGAACGGUCCCUAGGUCGGGUAUGACCUACAGACCCCCCACGUCGCAUGGGAGGGUGUCGCAGGCGGCACGGACCAGGAGCCAAAAUAAAGCCAGACCUAGCCAAAAGCCCAGUCAGAAAGUGGUGGAGGUCCCGGAGGAAGAGGAUGAGGAUGACGACGAAGAGGAUGAGAGGCUCCGACAAGAGGAGGACCAGCGGGCGGAGCUGAGGACCAAAAAGAGAGGAGCCCGGGAGGAGGCCGAUCCAAGCCUGCCUGACAGCGUGCCUAAGAGGAAGAAGUACGCGGUUCGGAUGGAGGAAUGUUUUGAUGUGGAGCGGAUGGUGGACAAGCUCUUGGAAGGCCAUAAUGACCUGUUGAACCUAAAGGACAUCCUGGCGUCGGCGCCAAGGCUCCGUGGUGAACUGAAACGGCGACUCUCGCAAAGUGACCUACGGGGCCCGUCGCCAACACUUCCAGAGGAGGGGGAGGCUGUACUGUUGAGGACACCGCUCGACAGCCUGGAGGCCCACCUCGAUGCAUCUCAGUGGAGGACGUCACAGCUGGGAGCGGAUCAGAGCAAGCCAGCGCAGUACGAGCCAGCAGAGGAUGAGCCAGAGGCGGAGCCGCGUGGGCCAGACGAGCCGCGGACUGAGGGGGUUAUUACUGUUGGGAACGACACCCCCCCUCCUAUUCCGAUCCCGGAGCAGGCGCCGCCGUAUUGGCCUGAGGGGAUUCCCGAGCCAGACACUGAGCAUGCAGCUGAGCCCCUGGACACUGAGAUGCCAUCAUCCGAGGAGCUACCGCCAGGGUUGCCGCACGCAGAGGAGGGGGUGAAUGCUGGAGUUCCAGUACGGGACGCCUGGGGGAUGCAAGCGGAGAGACCACCAAGGGAGACGGCGGAGGAAAAGUUUGCAAGAGUACAGGGGGACAUGAGGGUGGAUGAGGCGCAAGAGACUGGGGACCUGGGGUUCUCAGCCACUAGGAUGGAGAUAGAGCGCGCAGAUAGGAGGAUACACGAGGUGGCAGUCACGUCCUUCCAGCGGUACUCCAUGCUCAGUGAUGAGUUGCCGGCCUCGAGGUCAGAGGUGGAGCAGUUGUCCGCCGAGUUGGCGGAAGAGAGGGCAGAGAACCAAGCGUGGAGGUCCCGCAUGGAAGCCAAGGAGGCGAAAUGGGAGAAGAGGCUCCAGGACAUGGCAGCAAUCGUGGAGAGGCUCUCGUCCACCAAGGUGGUCGACUGGAUAGAGCAGAGUCAGUAUGGUAUCCACGGAAAGGAAGUACAGGGGCUCUUUGGCCAGGGAGGGACGACAAAGCCACCUCAGCACAGAGGAAUGGGGAAGGUAUUACUGGACCCAACAGAGGCGUCAGCAAGGCGGGAGACCGAGGAGGGGAGGUUCAACUUCAAGACGCCCAUGGAGUUGGCCUCGCAACAGGCCACCCCUAUGACGAUUGAGAUCCCUGAGAGCGAGCCGGCGCAAGGACCCCAACCUCCAUUGGCGGAAGGGGGCCCCAUGAAGGAGUCCCCUACGAUCCUUUUGGAGGUGCAGGAGGGCACCCUUACAGGGGCAACAGCGUUUGCGGAGCCUGAGGUGAUGGAGGGGGGGGCAUCUCGCUUGGAUGAGUUAGUGGCGGCCAUAGAGCUGGAAAUGCCAUCAGGAGGACCUCAGAGACAGGAGAGCCCGGAGCGUGUGCCGGAGGUGGGGGAGUUGAGGACACAGUUAGGCUCCUGGGCUACAGGGGCUGGCUCAGGGGAGCACAUCUCAUAACAACAGCAGGAGGUUAUGAGCGAGUCAGUGGCUGCGGUGACUCCCCAGCCUUUAGACCCG